AUGGAGGAACUAAGAAAUCCUAAUACCAACAUGAUUGGGGUGUAUGGGAUUGGGGAUGUGGGGAAGACGACACUCAGAAUAAUAGAUGUGAAACAGAAUCCAGACCUGGAAAGAAUUCAAAAAAAAAUUGCUGAGAAGUUAAAAGAUACAGAGAUUCUUGUAAUCUUAGAUGAUGUUUGGGACAGAAUUGAUUUGCUGGCUUGGGACUUCCCCGUGUUGUAUGCAAAACAUUGUUGA